AUGUGGAACCGAUAUAACCGCCUUGUUUACACUUUGAUUAAUAUUCUGGCCCAUGCCUUGAAUGCUGCAUAUUCCUCCAUAUCCAGGAGGAGAAGGAAAGAGGGAGAAGAGAGGCUGGGGACUCAAAGGCUGCAGGCAUGGCAGCUUCAUCCCUUUCUGAAGAAUGAAUUUUGCAAUCUUUCCCUGUUUCAACUGUACUUGGACCAAAAUGGUGAUAUAGCAGCAGAUCUGAACAUCAUGUGCAUGUUAGUUUUUUCCGGGAAAGAUCCCAUCAGCAAACAACUAGGCAGUUUUGAAAGACAAAGAACAAUUAUCAAUCCAGAUGCUCUUUCACAGCUAAAGUUGCUCAACAAGUCUCUGCCUCAGUCCAAAUGUGUGGAAAAUUGCCAGCCUGGAUUUUUCAAGAGGGCUCGGAAAGGAGAGCCAGUUUGCUGCUAUGACUGUGUUCCUUGUCCGGAAGGGAGAAUCUCCACUCAGGAAGGUGGGUGA